AUGAGGUUGUACAUUUCAGCUACAGAUGAAACCAUUGGAAGCAUGCUAGCUCAAGAGGAUGAAAAUGGCAUCGAAAGAGCCAUAUUUUAUUUAAGUCGCGUUUUAAAUGAUGCUGAAACUCGAUACACUAUGAUCGAGAAGUUGUGUCUGUGUUUGUAUUUCUCUUGUACCAAGCUGAAAUAUUAUAUAAAGCCAAUUGAUGUAAUGGUUUUCUCUCAUUUCGAUAUAAUAAAACACAUGUUAUCCAAACCUAUUUUGCAUAGUCGAAUUGGUAAAUGGUCUUUAGCUUUAACCGAGUAUUCACUUACAUAUGUCCCUCUAAAAGCAAUUAAGGGGCAAGCAGUAGCAGAUUUCUUAGCAGACCACACUCUGCCUAGGGAAAUAACCUAUGUAGGAAUGCAACCUUGGAAACUGUUCUUCGAUGGCUCAAGCCAUAGAGAGGGAUCAGGAAUUGGGAUGUUCAUAGUAUCCCCACAAGGCAUCCCUACUAAGUUCAUGUUUCGAAUUAGAGAAAGUUGCUCUAAUAACGAAACUGAAUACGAAGCCUUAAUCUCGGGCCUCGAAAUCCUAUUGGCUUUGGGGGCAAGAAACGUCAUUAUUAAAGGCGAUUCCGAGUUGGUAAUAAAACAACUAACCAAGGAGUAUAAGUGCGUUAGUGAAAACUUUGCAAAGUAUUACGUAAAAGCAACGGGUUUACUAGCCAAUUUCGACCAAGCAGGAAUCGGCCACAUACCUAGGAUAAGCAAUCAAGAAGCUAAUGAGUUAGCACAAAUUGCCUCUGGGUAUAUGGUAGAUAAAAAUAUACUGAAGGAAUUGGUUAGGAUCAAAGAAAAGUUGAAUCCUUUAGAUCUCGACAUCAUGGUUAUCGACAACCUAACACCUAGCGAUUGGAGAAAGCCAAUUGUCGACUACUUGCAGAACCCUGUGCGAACUACAGAAAUGCUUGAGUGA